AUGAUUGACCUGAUUCCCGAGUCCGUCAAGGACAAGUUCAACAAUACCAUUGUCGCAAUUCACAGGCGCGACCCCAGCAGCGACUCUUCCAGCAGUGGUUUGCUCAGUCCCGUGGGAACACCUCGAUUGCGACUGGGUCACAAGCGACAGUUGAGCCUAUCAAGUUUCAACCCUAGAAAGUCAUCAUGGACGGCAGCAGCGAUUACUUUGUUGACCAUUAUCAGCCUUUGGUGGUCCUUCGGUCCGGUAAGACGAGUCGGGCUUCAAGCGCCAGAGCAGCAAGAUGACAAUGGGCCAAUACCGCUCGGUCAAUCCCGAUACCUGCAGGGAAGAGAAGUCUUCUGGUGGGAGCAGUUCCCUAGACUGCACGGCUUGUACCGCGGGCGCAAGAAUACCGUUCCCUUCUCUCAAUACGUUCCCGAACAGCAAGCUGAAUCUCCUAAUCCUUUCGAAUUCGGUUCUCAUUUCAAUGACGAGCCCGUCGAGUUGCCCUCUUCCCUACCUGUCGAAUUGAAGCAUUGCUACAUAAACGAAGAAGACAAAAUUCUCCCACCCAGGAUCAAAGCAUACAAUGGUCUGCCGCAGGGGAUGUCAGAGCCUCUGUUUGGCUCCCGGAAAGAGCUUGGAUUGAAUGAUGAAGUAUGCUAUGAUCGCAUCAACCGCUUUGCGCCCUAUGGCUAUGGAUUUUCGAAAGAGGAGGGCGGCUUGGGUCUAGAGGUGGAAGGAGAUACUGAAGGACUGAGCAAUGUUCAACCCAUCAACUGGAGCAAUAUAACCUUGGGCGCUGCGCAACAACGCUGUUACGAGAAGAACGCUGGCAGCAUCAAAUCGCGGGCUGCGUUCAUUAUCCGAACUUGGAACACCUUCGUCUACACCGAGUACCAUAUCAUGAUGCUCCGAGCCAUGAUCAGCGAGCUCUCCCUAGCUUCAGGGGGUCAAUACACCGUUCAUUUCCUCAUCCACGUCCAGGAUGAUAAUCUGCCCAUCUGGGCCGAUGACGAUCUCUACAACCGAGUCCUGAAAGAAAGCCUCCCUGACGAAUUUCAAGGCAUGGGCACACUCUGGUCCGUUGCUGAAAUGAAAGUCGUGUACCCUGCCCCGUUUCCCGAGAGCAUCGAAAACUUCUCAGGAGGCGACAUCUACCAAGCCUACCGCUCAUUACAUUUCCCUCUGCAAAACUUUGCAUCUCAGCACCCGGAGUUCGACUAUUUCUGGCAAUGGGAAAUGGAUAUUCGGAUCACAGGACACUACCGCGAAUUAAUUUCCCAGAUCACGUCCUGGGCAGAAGCUCAGCCGCGCGAAUACGCUUGGGAGCGUUCGUCGAAAUUCUUCAUCCCGUCCCUACAUAACUACUCGUACGCAAAUUACGCCGAGUCUAUCGUGCAAGAGACCAAAAAUCCUAUCUCUGGCCCUCAACUACCCCUUUCGCAGCUCCUCGAAAUUCCAGUACAAAAGCCUGCCUCCGACGGUACCGAAAUCACAGACUUAAUUACAUUCAAUCCCUUAUUCGACCCCUCCAGCACUCGCUGGGCCUUCCAUAACGACAUCACAGGCUACGGCGUCACUGAGAAUGGCCGUCCACCCACACGGGCUGCAUUGAUCACAGCCUCCCGCAUGUCUCGCCGCCUUCUCCUGCUCAUGCACGAGGAAACCAAGCAGCACAAACAUACCAUGUUCCCCGAGAUGUACCCGGCUAGCAUCGCGCUACACUAUGGCUUGAAGGCCAUCUAUGUCCCGUUGCCUCUAUACUUUGACCGCGACUGGCCGUCAAAGCAUGCCGACCACGUAUUCAACAAUGCUCCGCUGGGCACAAAAGACAAACAAGCCGGCAUGGACCAUGGAAAGGGGUAUUUUCAUGGUGAGGGCGGCAGCGUGUUCGGGCCGGGGGAGCAUGUGUUCCGCGGCGCAAGCUAUUAUUCCAAUGCAGGUUUUGCCGGCUAUCUGUGGCGACGGUGGCUAGGUAAGGAGAAUGGCAAUGAUGAAAUCGCCUGGGAGAGCGAGGGUGGACCUGGUGGUGGCAGGAUGUGUUUGCCUAUGAUGGUGUUACAUCCGAUCAAGUUUGAAUGA